AUGCCGUACGAGUGCCGACGGGACGACGUGCGACGCGAAACAUUCCCGGAUUCGGCGAAUCGCGUCGCGAAAACCGAACCUCGACGCGCGGCUACGGGUGAAUUGCGGCCGGGGUGUUUUUCCGAAGCGGGCGAACCGCGUGCCGAUAUUUAUGAUAGCGCGAAAAAUGUCGUCCACGGGGAGUACUCGUGUAAUAGACAAUAAUUUACGAAACCGAGUAUAUUGCGACCGAGCGGUGAGUCGUGUUUGUGUUUUGAUUUUUCGAUUGAGAGCGGAGUUCUAAACGAGUGAAAAAAAAAAGAAGACCUGAUUCUGGGGAUGGAAGCGGCCACUGUUGUGGGUGAGAAGUCGGGCGGGUAGCAUGCACGUAGGGAUAUUUCGUUUAUAUCUGUAGGCGACGAUAAACCGUCGAUUGGCGAAAGACGAAUCCGAGCGCAGUUACCGCAAACCCGGUCGUUAAUAAACUGCAGGAGAAAACUGCACGGGAGAUAUGUUUACGAUACAGCUGACGGAGAACCGAUCCGAAUUUCGCGGUGGAUUCGUUGGGAUCCGCGUGUCGCCGAUUGCGGUGAAAUCACGAUCGCCGACAGUUUUGUUUUGAUCGGAUCGAAUAGCUCAUCCGGUCGGCCCGGCGAGUGGAUGCGGUACGCCGUCGAUUAUUGCGUUUCUGCGGGUAAUCGAUAA